AUGGCAUCGAGCGGACCACGAUGGGGUUUGUAUCCGUUAUUGGCGGUGGUGGCCGUGUUCGAAUUCGCACUUGGUGGAUCUCACAUCGCCUAUUGCUCCCCUCUAUUCUUCCUAUUAUUCCCAUUUAUUAAUGCGACUUUCGGGUUGGUCACAGCGUUCCACGCCAUAUUUCUGAGGUACCCCAAUCGAUGUGACUUCUACCUACAGCUAACAUGUUCAUCAAUUGGAUUCUUCUUUUUCUUCUCAUCGUUAAUGGAAACUUAUUGCAUCAAUGAGUUUAAAUACGCCGACGAGACAAUAAAAGACGGUGUCUGCCACGGGUUGAAAUAUCGAACCAUAGCGAUGGUUGGGUCUUGCAACGAUCUUCUUGCAAAUCUACAGUUGUCGAUAUUGGAUAAAUUGGGAUGGGAGCCGAAGGAACGCGAAUGGAUCCGAUUCUUCACUUCAAUAUCGUUGACCAUCUUGUCUGGAACUCAACUUUUAAUUUGUACUUUUCUCACAUUUUAUAGUGCAGUGGAGACAAAAAUCCGUCUCUACUCAUACCACUAUCAAGUGGUCAUAUCCAUCUUUCUCAUCGUCGUCUCCUUCUUCCAUCUCCGCUAUUGUUGCACAUUUUUCUUCCUCCAUCUCCCACUAGCCAUCGGUCUAUUCUCCCUGCUUCAGGGCGUCGUCUCCUGGCGUACAAAGUGUCAUGGAUCGACGACACGGGCGGUGAAUAUCGUGGGCGCCGCGUUCGCAGUCCUUCUGAAUGCGACGACGAGUUUCGGAAUAUUCUGUUGGUUCAAUCGGAAUACAGUACCCCAUAUGAUCACUCGUCACUGUCAUUGGCUAUCCCAUCGGGAGGCUUACUGUAUGCGUGUCGUGCAUUUCACGCAUCCUUAUAUCGAUUGGUUACCACAAGAGACUGAAAGAGAGAUCGCCGCUAUUCAGAUCACCGUCCACACCCUGCUAUUCAUCUUCUCCUGCAUCCAAUUCGCCAUUUCAAUGCGAUCAGCAUUCUCAACCAAAAAACAAUAUUUGUACUAUUGA